UUUAAGAUUUUCUGGGAAAAAGAAACUUUGUGAGCACAAAAACUGGUGUAAUUGGGAAAUAAUUCAAGACUCACAAGAAAUGUAUAAUUUCACACUCAUGGCAGAAAAUUACUUAAGGAAGAGAAGUGUCAACAUUCUUUUUAACCUAACUCAUCGAGUUCAUCCAAAGCCUCCCUUUAGUGUCAACUUUGAAAAUGUAAGUGCCACAAAUGCCAUCAUGACCUGGAAGGUGCUUUCUAUAAGAAAUCAUUCCACACUUUUGUGUCAGGUUGAACUCCAUGGCAAAGGAAAAAUGGUUCAGCACAAUGUUUCCGUCAAGGUGAAUGGUGAGUACCACUUCAGUAAAUUGGAGCCCGACACAGAGUAUGUCACCCAGGUACGCUGUGCUGAUGCCAACCACUUCUGGAAAUGGAGUGAAUGGACUGUCCAAAACUUCAUCACAUCUGAAGCUGCUCCCUCAGAGGCUCCUGAUGUCUGGAGAAAGGUGAAGUCGGAGCCAGGAAUUCGUACGGUGACCUUAUUCUGGAAGCCACUAUCAAAGCUUCAUGCCAAUGGGAAGAUCCUCUUCUAUAACGUAGUUAUAGAAAAUCUAGACGAACCAUCCAGGUUAAAGUUUCUCUCUGUUCCUGCACCGGCCAGUGGCACACAACUAACCCUUGACUGGUGUUCAUACCAAAUCCACGUCACAGCCAAUAACAGUAUUGGCACUUCUCCCGCUUCGGUGAUUGUCAUCUCUGGGGACCCUGGAAACGAAGAGGUUGAAGAAGAAAGAAUUAAUGGCACCGAGGAUGGAUUCUUUAUAUCUUGGAAACCCCAGGCUGGAGACAUCACAGGCUAUGUUGUGGAGUGGUGUGAUCAUCCCCAGGACCCGCUCUGUGACUUCCAGUGGAAGAACAUAGGUCCCAAUACCACAAGUACAGUCAUUAGCUCAGAUGCGUUUAGACCAGGAGUCCGAUACAACUUCAGAAUUUAUAGAAUAUCUACGAAAAAGGUUGCUUAUUUAUUAGAGAAAAAAACAGGAUACUCCCAGGAACUGGCUCCUUCAGACAACCCUCAAGUGGCUGUAAGUAACUUGACAUCCCACUCCUUCACUCUGAAUUGGAACAAUUAUCCCACUGAAUCCCAACCUGGUUUUAUACGAGGGUACCAUGUCUAUCUGAAAUCCAAGGCAAUGCAGUGCCAUCAAGGAUUUGAAAAGGCAGUUCUUUCAGAUGAUUCAGUAUGCUGCAAAUACAAAGUCGACAACCCGGAACAAAAGACAUUCAUUGUGGAAAACCUACAGCCAGAAUCCUUGUAUGAGUUCUUCGUCACUCCAUACACAAGUGUUGGCGAGGGCCCCAAUGGUACUUUCACGAAGGUCACGACUCCAGAUGAAUACUCCCAUAUGCUGAUAAGUAUCAUAGUGCCCAUGAUUGUGUGCAUCUUGGUCAUCGGAAUCGUGUGCUACUUGAAAAGUCAGUGGAUAAAAGAGAACUGUUAUCCUGACAUCCCAGACCCUUACAAGAGCAGCAUCCUGUCAUUAAUAAAAUCCAAGGAGAACCCUCACUUAACAAUAAUGAAUGUCAACGACUGCAUUCCAGAUGCUAUUGAAGUUAUGAACAAGCCAGAAGUGACUAAGAUACAACUCUUAGGUUCUAGGAGGUCACUCACAGAAACUGAAUUGACUAAGCCCGCCUACCUUUACCUCCUUUCAACAGAAAAUAAUUACUCCGGCCCUGGACCCUGCAUCUGUUUUGAGAACUUUACCUAUAAUCAGGCAGCUUCUGACUGUAGUUCUUGUGGCCAUGUUCCAGUACCCCAGGAAGUCCCACCAGGUCAGCUGGGACUAUUGACCUCACCUGAAAAUUUACUAAAAGCAAUAGAAAAAAACUAUAUGAACUCCCUGGGAGAAAUCCCAGCUGGAGAAGCUAGUUUGAAUUAUGUGUCCCAGUUGGCUUCACCCAUCUCUGGUGACAAGGAUGGUCUGCCAACAAAUCCACCAGUGCCGGCACACUGUUCGGAGUAUAAAAUGCAAAUGGCAAUACCCCUGUGUCUUGCGUCACCUCCCCCGAAUGAGAAUAGCAGCCUUUCCUCAGUUAGUCUUUUAAAUCAAGGUGAACACUGCCGUUAACCAGCAUGUUCAUUUCAUACCUUUAUGCUAUACACACACUAAGGGGAGCAUAGCUGGCAGGCACCAUUCUAUUACUAGGUGCCUCAGUCCUUAACCCCACUGAGCUAUCACUAUCUGGAGGUCUGAUUUAUAUAAAACCACUACAGUCUAGUUAGGUUAAAGGCCAGAAGCUAUGGAACAUAACAUUUGCCCUUGCUGCAGGCUUGCUCUAGAAAUGGCAGGAUCAUGGGAACAUGCUCACCUUGCUGCUGUUUGUUCCAGGCUCACCUUUAGAAUAGUAGACCUGAACUUGACAUAGGGAUAGGAAUUAACCACUCCACAGACCCCGCCCACUCAGAACUGUACAAGGUGGCUGUGGUCCUAGAAGUUGUUUUUAGGGAGGAAAUAUUUCCAUUAAAAUUUACCCUAAUGUUUAAUCCUUAAGGGUUAAGCAAUUAGACGGAAGCCUUUAAUAAAGGCCACAGAAGUUUUGAGACCAAAACAGAUUUUAGACUUGCCUUGAAGUGAUAUGAAUUUAUAGUUUAUUGACAGUAAAAUUAAUUCUUUCGGAGGCACAAUUAAUAGGCAAGAUGUGUGAACGAAUCAGUAAGAUCUCCAGAAUUCUCCUGUCUAGCUUACUAUAGUUAAAGAAUGGGACAUGGAACUCCUGACUUAAUGUUAAGAUAAUAAACACUCCUGCCCAGUAGA